AUGGUUGCAAGGCAGUUAAAAGUCGGUUUACUCUACAGGUCUAUUGCUUUUCAGGGCGUUGUUGAUAUCCAUGAUAAUCGUGAUGACAACUGUGGCCCAACUGCCCCGGCAGCCAACGGUACGAGCAUUAAGACCUAUGGUGAAAAGCUUCUCACUCUCGACCUAGGUCUUCGCCGUCAGUUCCCGUGGGUUUUCACAGUGGCCGACGUUAAAAAACCCAUUAUUGGUAUGGACUUUCUCACGUCAUUUGGUCUCACGGUUGAUCUCCACAGACGGCAGUUGCUUGACAAUUCGACGACUCUCUCUAUAAAUGGCAAGGCUUCAUCCAUUAAUUCUAUUGGAAUCCGCCCAGCUUUGCCGGAUAACCGUUACACAGCACUGCUUCGCCAAUUCCCAGAGAUCCUGAAACCUGCUUCCAAGACCACUUCCGUAAAACAUGACGUUUUCCACCAUAUCUCGACAAAAGGCCCACCCACCGCAUCCCGUCCACGGAGGUUAGCUCCGGAGAAGCUUGCCAUAGCCAAGACAGAAUUUCAGCAUUUGCUUCAACUGGGUAUCAUACGACCAUCAAGCAGCCCCUGGUCAUCUCCACUGCAUAUGGUCCCCAAAACGUCCGAGGGAGAUUGGAGACCAUGUGGCGAUUAUCGUGCACUAAGUCGUGUCACCAUCCCGGACAAAUACCCAAUUCCGCAUCUGCAUGAUUUUGCCCUUACUCUUCACGGCAAAUCUGUCUUCAGUAAAUUAGACCUCGUCAGAGCAUAUCACCAGAUACCUGUCGCUCCAGACGAUAUUUCCAAAACGGCUGUCACCACUCCAUUCGGUCUAUAUGAAUUCGUUCGUAUGCCAUUUGGGCUCAGAAAUGCAGCUCAAACAUUUCAACGAUUCAUGGAUCAAGUUUUACGGGGAUUAGACUCCGUCUACGCUUAUGUUGACGAUGUACUUAUCACCAGUCGGUCCGAAGACGAUCAUGUGCUUCACUUAGAACUGGGUUUGGAGGGAACCUAUGUAACAGGUGGAUUGGAACUACCCGCCAUUUGGUUGUUGAUUGAUUGCCUGCUGAUUCGUCCGCCGAGCUCGGCAAUAAAUGGUUUGGAUGACUUGGUUGGCUGUUGUCGACUCCACCUAGCCUGUGAUCUACAACCUCAGGAUCCCAAACGGGCCAGAAAACCUGCGAUUGUAAAUUGA